ACCGCAAUGGCGCAGCAGUUCUGGGUGCUGCGGUGCUGCUGCUGCCGCCGCUUCCAGGGGCAGCAGGCCAAGCGCAGCGGGCGGUGGAGCUGCAGCGUGUGCGGCCAGCGCCAGGCCGUGCAGAAGGUUUAUGGGCAGGGCUCGGGCCUGGAGUGCAGGCGCCACGUCCAGAAGCUGAACUUGCUGCAGGGUGAAGCAGAGGAGGCGCUUGGUUGGACAUCUUGGUGUGUAGAAGACUCUGUAAAUGACAGCAAAAAUAGAGCAGCACAGCAUGAGGACAGUUCAGUCCAGCAGGAGGGAAGGACAGAAGGCAGUCGCUGGAGUAAAUAUCUGGACCAGGAGAGUGAGGAUCAAGAUGAGGAGGAGGCAGCUCUGGGAAGGCAACAGUUCUGUUCCCAGAGAAAGAACACUGUGGGAGAACAAAGGAAACACCCGAAGCGCUUCCUCUCCAGCGAUGUUCCAGAGCAUGCAGAAGAAAGUGGAGUUUCUCAGCUUGUCUAUCAAGCAAAAAAAGUUAAAACUACUGAGUGCAAGAAAUCCUUUGUAGCAGUGCCUGAUGGACAUGAUGGAAAUGCUGGUUCUGGAGGCAGUGUGGUUCCUGCUGUCUGUGAGACUGUAGUGUCUGAGGAGAAUACACAGCCCCCAACUGCUUGUACCAAACCAUCCAAGUGGGGAAAAUUUCUCUCAUCAUCUGACAGCUCUAGUGAAAAUGCUGCUGCAGUGACCAUGGCACUGCAGGAAGGCAGGGGAGGUGUGGGGCUGGACAGCACAGCUGCUGGUGGGGCCUGGAGGUGCUCAGGACAGGCUGGAAGAACUCUGCCUCAGGGUACAGGUUUUAAAUUUAAAAAGUCUGUUGCUAGCACUGAGGAUCUGGCCUCAACACUGCCCAGCAGCAGGUGCUCAGUUGAGGAUGUGCUCAGAGAACCUCACAAACAGGUGCUAAGGGUGGGAUCUGCUGCAGAGAACACUGCAGGAAGGUGCUGCUUGGCUACCACAGGGAGGCCAAACACCCUUGUUAAAUCUAACCCUGGGCCAAAGCUGAGCAACAUUUCUUGUGAGCAACUCUUCUGCACAGGUGAGGAGUUUGAUGAUGAUCUCUGAAGUUCAGGCAUCUUUGGCAUGUCUGUCUUGGUUCUAAUGUAUUUGAGAUGUUGUUUACUGAGACAGUUUUGAACUAAAGGUGGUUUCACUCAAAGCCAUAGAGAACUGAAGUAUUAAAGUUGUUUACUUGCUUGAUGAUUGUUUGGGGGGAAGGGAAGGAGGGAGAAGAGACUGUUGCUCUCAGGUUACAAGGUUGUCUAGCAACCUCAGCAGCUAGAAAUAGGAAUGGAAUUAGGUCAGCUUGGGGAGAGAAAUCUCCCAGGCUUUAAGGAUUCCUGGCCUGUACAAUUAAAUUCUGUGAUUAACUCCUCCUCACAAA